AUGUACGGAUUGCGCCUGAUCAACAACAACUAUGUCGCCAACGGCACGGGCAAGGAUGUCACCAUCGUUUACGAUCCCAGCUUCCGCGGUGGCAGGCUUGGGAGCGUGAGCCAGAUGCAGCACUUCCCGAAUCCGAAGGCAGGGCCCGUGAAGCUGCGCAAGCUUCCCGAUACCGGCCUGGACGCCCGAGAUGAAGGGUACAAACAGAUUCUGAACUGUGGAAGAUCGGCUGGAGUGGUUGUGAAGGAGGCCAAGGCCAAAAUCAACGAGGGCAGAAAGUUCAGGUUUCGGACUGAUGCCAACCAAACCCUUGGCACCGUCAUGGCCUUGCAAUCACUGCCGGCCAGUCGAGAGCUGAUCCGCGCCUCCUCCGCUCCGAGCCUGAGCCUGCCAUCCCCGGGCCCCAACAGCCACUUCAGGACACGAUGGCAGAUGCCUGCAUCUCUGCUGGACAACGGCAACGCCGAGGCAGCCACGGCCGACUGCGAGGAAGCCAAGAUGGAGAAGAAGAGCCUGCUCCCAACCUAUUGGAGGCCGAAAGACCCUGCUCUGGAUUGGCCGGCUCCCGGAUUCCUGCACCCAGUCCACGGAUUCUCCAGGACGGACGGCGGCAUGCCGUGGCCAAACUGA